AUGUCCGGGCGUGGUCCACGCGGUCCACGAGGCGCCGGGCGUGGGGACCAAUCACGUGGUCGUGGUGACGGGGGCUUAAAUCCUUAUGGAAGAGGCCGUGGUGAUGGUGCAAAUCCCCAAGACUUUGGCCGUGGAGGACGUGGUGACGGUCGUGGAGGGCGCGGUGAUGGUCGUGGUGGGCGCGGUGACGGUCGUGGAGGAGCAUCGUUUAGGAGGUUAGGCGACGAUGAGCACACUCCAGGCUCCAAAAUCUUCAGUCCCCCAGGAGAAAACAUUACACCGGAAGCGGAGGUUGAGACCAAGGAAAAUCAAAUUGUCAAAGAGAACCAAGGUCUAUCUUUGAGCACGCUCUCGCUGGCAGACUUCCAGCUACCCCUCCGACCGGGGUACGGAGUCGCGGGCACUGUCAUCCAUCUACGAACCAAUUACUUCAAGAUGACGAUCAAUGCUGGGAAGAAGCUGUUCAAGUAUACCCUUACGCUGACGGCCAAGCACAAAGAGCCCAAGAAGGACAAAAAGACAGGGAAAGUUAAAGCACCCCUAGUGCCACCAGAGCGUUCUAGGAAACGUCGGCAAGCUUUUGCGCUCCUCUUCCAGCAUCAGGAUUUCCGAAGCAUAGGUCACGGGGUGGCCACAGACUAUGGCUCAAUCGUCAUCACAUCCAAGGAGCUUCCUCUCGAUCGCGAUGGGACCAAGGAGUACGUCAUUGUUUACCAAGAGCUAGAAGAUCGGGAGCCUGCAUCAAAUCCAAUCCUUUACACCUUCAAAUUUUCAUAUGGAGGACUAGUCCCAACGACAGAACUUCUUCGAUACUUGGCUUCGACCCCUACUGACCCCAGCGACUUCACAGGAAAGGAGGACGCAGUCCAAGCCUUGAACAUCAUUGUUGCUCGUACGGCCAACCUCAAUACAGGAGUCUUCCAAAGUGGUAAAAAUAAGUUCUUCCACUACCCUACCGACCCCGAAACAUACGACAAGCUCGGGGCCGGUCUCAUUGCUGUCCGUGGCUACUACUCGAGUGUACGCACGUCUACCCUACGGACCCUACUCAAUGUCAAUGCUCAGACUUCGCCCUUCUACCCGGCGAUUAAUGUGCUAGAUCUCAUAACACAGCAUGGACGUGGUGAUUGGCUAACCGUGGAAUACUUUCUCCAUUUGCUCCGCGUUAAGACAAAGUACAUGAAGCACAAGGAUGGUACCGAUGCAGUCAAAAUCAAGACCAUCAUAGGCUUCUCGCAGCAACUGGAUGAUGUCCUUGACAACAAGGGCAAAGUCGUGACUGAUGACAAAGGGAACGUUAAAAAGCGUAGGAAUCUACAGGUUAAUCCAUUGAACGCACAACAGGUGAAGUUUCAGUGUGAGGAAUUUGACGGCAAGAUCUUAACAGUUGAGAAAUACUUCAAAGAUAAGUACAAUAUCACGCUCAAUACAGCACAAGCCUGGCUGCUUAAUUGCGGCACAAGAGAUAGGCCCGUCUGGAUCCCGCCGGAGCUGUGCGAAGUAAUGCCUGGUCAAGCAUUCAGAGGCAAACUGAGUGACCAUCAGACAUCACAGAUGAUUCUGGUCGCCGCGAGAGGCCCUGCUGAGAACGCCCGUCGAAUAGCGAACGGCGCUCAUAGGGUUAUUGGAUUUCGAGGCAACAACCCAAGCUUGGCGGCAUUCGGCGUUGGAGUCGACUCCAAGAUGAUUGUGAUCCAAGGGAGAAUUCUUGAAGCACCCCCAGUGACGUAUGGCAGAAAAUCUCAAAUCACCCCCACUGAAGCAUCUUGGAAUAUGAGAGGCAAGCAGUUCGCAAAACCAAUCAAGAUCACGAAAUGGGCGUUCUUAAAAUUGGGUGGUGUGCGUCUUGAGAGCAACCACAUCGACUCGUUCAAGCGGGCUCUGAAGGAUUAUGGACUCGGAACCGAAGGUCCGUCCGCUCCUCAACCCUUUGAAGCUCCUCUCCCUGGCUCAGAGGACGCAAACGACGCUUCUAUCGAGAAAGUUUUCAAAGCUAUGUUCAGCACAGGAAUAAAGAUGGUUUUGGUGAUUUUGCCAAAUUCCAGUUCAGUCACCUACGCCCGCGUGAAAUAUUGGGGGGACGUCAGAGCUGGGAUCCACUCAGUCUGUGUUCUCGCCGAGAAUCUCUCCAAAGGCGCACAAUAUUAUGCCAACGUUGCACUCAAAUUCAACCUGAAAAAUGGCGGUGUCAACCAACUUCUUCCAAACCAACUAGGGUUUCUGAACAACGGGAACACGAUGGUCGUCGGUAUUGAUGUGACUCACCCGGCACCCAAGAGUAUGGAGGGAUCGCCCAGUAUUGCGGCGGUGGUGGCAAGCAUUGACAACGAAUACGGUCAAUGGCCUGGUAGCAUCCGCUGCCAAGAUUCUAAGAAGGAAAUGGUAUCGACAUUGAAAUUCAUGAUGCAAGAACGCCUCAAACUCUGGAUAAAAACCAACAACCGAGGGCCAGAAAAGAUAUUAAUCUACCGUGAUGGUGUCUCUGAGGGUCAGUAUAAGACUGUGCUUGAGGAUGAGUUGGAGCAGAUUCGGGAAGCUUGCAAGGAGAUCUAUGGGCCGAGGCCUCAGCCAAAGAUCACCAUUGUAAUUGUCGGCAAGAGGCACCAUACUCGAUUCUACCCUACGGAUGCUAGGACCGCUGACAAUAAAGGCAAUCCCGUGAAUGGAACGGUGGUCGACCGGGGAGUUACCAUGGAAAAAGGCUUCGACUUUUUCCUCCAGGCACACGCUGCCCUCCAAGGCACGGCGAAACCUUCGCACUACGUCGUGAUUCUUGAUGAGAUGAAGCUUGGUGCUGAAGAGCUUCAGACCAUCACUCAUCAUCUGGCCACAAAAGCCGUGUCGAUAUGCCCACCUGCUUACUACGCCGACAUUCUUUGCGAGCGCGGCCGAUGCUAUCUUGCAAAAUACGUCAACGGACGUUGGCCUCCAGGCAAAGAAUUUGACUGGAACGAAGCGCCUUGGACUGGAGGUGUCCACAAGGAGUGA